UUUACAAGUCAAACCGACCUAACCUCUAUCGGCUCGGCCCUUCAAUCAAACUAAAUCUAAACAACGUUGAGUGUCGGAAUAUCGGUUGUGAAUUGCUUAUAAAUUUUGUUACUUGUUCAAUUCAAUGCUAGUUGGAUUCAAAUUUAGACUCAAUUUUAUAUUUUGGUAAAAUGUGCUAAUUCGACUACAUAUCUAGAAACAGAACAAUGUUUACGAUUACAAAUUUAGACUGUAAUUCAUUCUUAACAUUAUGUACAUUCUCCUUAAUGUUUAUUACUGUUACCAGUAAUAGUGUCAGUUUGUCGCCAAUGUUUUGGAAUCCUUCUUCAGCGUUGGAAAUAAGAUCUAAAAGAGCUGCUACUAAUUUUGGUUAUUUAAUUUCCAAUGUAAAAUGUAAAAAUGAUUUAUGGAGAAUAUGUACAAAUUUAAAUACCAAUAGUGAUGAUUUGACUGUUCUAGAAUGUAUUCAAACUGCAAAGAGUGACGCAAUCGCGACAAUAAGUAAAGACUGCCAUCACGAGCUAUGGACUGCUACCAAUAACCUGAUGAACAAUGAACAUCUGCAAGCCAUGCUGCAGCCGGUCUGCAGGAGCGACUGGAAGAGUGAAUGGGACCAGGAUAACUUGCUCAUGUAUGUCUUGGAUAACGUCAACAGCAUAAAGAGUCCGGACUGCCGUCUCUUGGUGCAGAGGAUCGGCCUUGUCGCUUUCAGUGAUUUCAGAAUUAUCUCGCAUUUCACGGACAGUUGUGAACCGGACAUACAACGCUUCCAAUGUGGCCGCAUGGGGAAUGGAUAAAAAGAUGCUGUCUCAAGGGUUGACACUGAUGUGUCUGCAGCAACACCUAGACAAUGAUCUAGCACCUGAUUGCAAGAAAGAAGUCUUACACUUGUCGUCCGUACAAGCUGACAACAUCAAAUUUGACCGACAACUGUACCUGGCGUGCAACAUGGAACUCAACAAGUUCUGCCCUACUGUCACGAUAGGACUGGGUCAAGCGUAUGAGUGUCUAAUGCAACACAAGUUUGACACCAUGAUCUCACAACAGUGUCAAGACCAGCUGGUUAGACACCAGAAGCUAAUAGUUCAAGACUUCUCUGUCAGCAAAGGCCUUGCUCGAGCAUGUAAGGAAGACAUCAGGAACUACAGGUGUCGUAGACUGGUCUCUGAUGACAAAGGUGUUCGGUUGGCGCAGAUUUUACUCUGUUUGGAAAACGCUAUUAAAAAUGGAUCAAAAGUGGUGUGGGAUUGCCACAAGGAGAUGGUGGAGCACCGCAGGAUGUUACUGGAAGAUUACCGACUGUCUCCGGAGAUUGUUUCUCAUUGUUCCAAUGAUAUCUCGGAGUACUGCAACGGGUUGGAGAUGGGUGGCCGUACAAUUCACUGUCUCAUGGAGCACUCGCGGCCGAAAAGGCGCAAAGAACGGGUCUCACCACCUUGUCAACGAGCACUAGAAGAUCUGAUUGAAAAGACUGAUAUUGGUGAAGACUGGAGAGUAGAUCCAUUCUUAAAGAAUGCCUGUAAACCUGUGGUCGACAAGGCUUGUCAAGAAUUGAGGGGAGGUGAUGCAAGAGUGAUGAACUGCCUGAUGGAAAAGCUGGGUACUGACGUGAUGACGGCUGAUUGUGAAGAGGCACUGCUGCAGAUCCAGUAUUUCGUUGCCAGGGACUACAAACUUGACCCUCAACUGUACCGGGCUUGCCACGUCGAAGCUGUGAAACUUUGCCAUGCCAAGAAAGCUUGGCAUGAUGAAACCACCAUGGACCCAGACAACGGUCCUCUGGUCCUGCCAUGCCUCUUUCGGUAUAUCGCCAACGGUCACGAGAUCAAGGACAAACGAAUUGCUUUGUCCCUGAAAUGCAGUGACGAAGUGCGGAGGGUGAUGAGGCAGAGGGCAAUGAGUGUAGAGCUUCAACCUCAAGUGGAGAUUAACUGCAUGAACGAUCUCGCUCGUUACUGUAUCAAGGAACAGGAGCCUGCCAAGGGGGAGGAGAUGAUGUGUCUCCAGGAUCAUCUUGCUAGUUUGGAAGACGAAUGUAAGAAACUAAUUGGGAAUUUUACUGAAAUCCAGUCCGAAAACUUGGAAUUCAAUCCACUAGUAAUGGCUCACUGCAGGCUGAUCAUGAGUCAUUUCUGUGAAGCUGAGUUGCAGGCGGCCAGUGCAGGGGAUGUAAUGGACUGUCUGAUAGAGCACAAGAAUGAGCCAGAAGUCCGCAGCAACUACAAGUGCAGGUCCACCAUUGAGCAUCACCAGCUGGUCUCACUCAGCGAUUACCACUUCACUGUCAAGUUCAAGGAGGCAUGCCGCAUCCACGUGGCCAGAUACUGUCCUUCGGCUCGCACCAAGGCUAAGGUGGUGGAAUGUCUGAGUGAGAUAGUCCGCAACGACACCUUGUCUGACUCUCGACAUCGGAUACCUCGUGACUGCCGACAACAACUCAAGACCCAACUCCUGCAGCAACGGGAGAACAUUGACUUAGACCCUGAACUGAAGAAGGCCUGUGGCGAUGAUAUCGCAAAGUUCUGCUCUAAUGUGAAACAUGAAAAUGCACAGGUUUUGGAGUGUUUAGAAGAGAAGAAAAAGAACUUAAGUGCAACUUGCCACCAGAAGGUAUUUUUCAUUGAACUUCAAGACUUGACUGACAGUUCCACAGAUUAUACCUUGCUCUCGACCUGCAAGCCUAUGAUCCGUCUCUUUUGUCAGCAGUACGAUAAAUCUCAGGCUCUCAUGUGUCUAAAGAAAUACAAGGAUGAAGUUUCAUUUGACAAUAAGUGCCGACUUCUGGUGAUGCGGCGGAUGAUAGAGCAGACGAGUGACUACAGGUUCAACCCUCUGUUGGCCAUAGGUUGCCGCAUGGACAUAGACAAGUUCUGUAACCAUAUUGUGGACCACCAGCCUAGAGAUCAGGAGCUGCAAGGAAAAGUCAUCAAAUGCCUUAAGGUGAAAUUCAGAGAGGGUAAGCUGCGAAGUGAGUGUGAAGUUCAAAUGGCGAAUGUACUACGAGAAGCUGCAUUGGACUACAAGUUGAAUCCUUUACUUCGGAGUUUGUGCCAAGAGGAGAUCAACAGGCUAUGCCAAGACAAGGACGAUGGCAAAGGGGGAACAGAAGAAUGCCUGAAGGUGGCCCUUCUCCAGGGUCACAUCACCAGCAGAGCAUGUAAGCUGGAGGUCGCAGGGCUCAUAGAGGAGGCCAGAGCUGACAUACACGUGGACCCCAUCUUACACAAGACCUGCUCCCUGGAUCUGCGAAAGUUCUGCUUCGACAUCGAACAAGGCGCAGGACGACAUAUACAGUGCCUUCUGAAUGCUCUAUCAGAACACAAAUAUUUGCAAUCAGACUGUCAAAAAAUGCUCCAGCAAAGAGUGGAAAUGUUCAAAAACGCUGAUGAGGAGAUAAAAAAUCAACCUGAGAAUGUGGGUGAACUUUUGGCCCAAGUAUCGCAUUCACCAUCGAGAAGAUACUUCAUGCUGGUGACUCUCUCUUUCGUAGGAAUGGUGUUCAUCAUGGGAAUGUUCUUGGGCCGGAUGACAAGGAGGACUAUACUGAUGAAGAACAAGUGAUACGCCAACAUCUCCGAUUAUCCUGGAGAUUAUCACUCCCGACUGCCACGCUAGUAUGCACUUUACUUGUGGAGCAGACAGAACUGACUGUGCGCUGAUCAGAUGAGCAGGCCGCGCAUGCGCGCAGUAACAUUUUCCACUGCGUAACCAAGUCCCAUUUCGGGUUUAGGUAAUCUAUCAGUAAAAUUUAUAAUUGUUAGUUACUACUGUAGCAAUUUCACAAAUACACACCCAGUAACAACUCCGUAACUGUUUGUCUGUCACUGUUACUAUGUAAACCACUGCAGCUCUGUAACUGUCAUUGUUGCUAUAUACCAAAUAUUUCUCUUACCUCAUCAAGACAUAUUUUAGUUGAUUAACAAUAGUGACGUUCAAGAAGUAAUUUUCUAAUUUUCUUAAAAAUAGUUGUGACAUUCAAGACUUGCUUGUACUACUAUAAACAAUUUGUUAAUCAUUUAUUUGUAGUUUAAAUUUAAACAUGAGAUUUUCUUGAAUAGUAAUAAUAGGAAAUAAAGCUGCACGUUUAUGGAUUUAGAAUGAAUUAGGAGAGAAAACAACAGGAAUGUAGAGCGUUAGGAGAUUCGGUUUCUAAUCGUGACACUUUUACUUUUGAAAGGAAUAGUUCAAGAGCCAAUUUACACUGUAUAAGCACAUGACUGGGUUUUUCUUGAAAUCGAUAGAGAAAUUUCCCCUUGGAAAGAAAUCAAUAAUCGGCCUUGCUAGUUUGGCACAGGUCAAAAUGGGAGAGUAUCAAAAGGGUUAAAAGUAUUAAAUGAUAAUAAAUGACAUCAUAUAUUUUAAUUUUUUUUUACACACUUACAAACAAUUGUCAGACACGUAAAUUAAUGUUAAUUCAGUCUCAGCUAAUCAUAUAAAGAUCUGGAAAAAGGCGAUUUUCAGUCUCUUCAAGCCUAGUUGUCUUACAGUAACAACAACUAUUAUGUGUUCCACGGUUGAAAGCUAAAAAAUAUAAUUAGAGAAGAAAAUUGUCAUUUGAUAUUGUUGUCGCAGCUUAAUGUAAAAAAGGGCCAUGCGGCCUGUAUAGCUUUGCCUGUAUAAAUAAAGAAUUUUUUUUUAUUUCAUUUCAUUUCAAACACCACCAGAACCAGCGCUGCUGACAAUUGAUUUCUUUCAUAGGAGAGACUCCUCUAUCAAUUUUAAGUAACUAGAUUGUGAGAUUAAACAAUCCAAAUUAGCCCUUAGCUUCUAGACUAGAAGCAGUUGUCUGCUGUCAUAUGUGACAUGUACUAUUUCCUGUGUUGAAACUAUCGGCUGAUACUGAUAUUAAACUAUUUCAAAAAAUCUUUUUUAUACCCUUUGUCAAAAGAAACUGCCUGAAUAUACUCCCUACAUUCUGUACAGUUAUUUACUAUGCCAGAAGCAGUCACUUUGUGUAAUUUAAAAAUACUCUUUUGUUUGUACAAAAAUUACACAAUUUUUUAUUAUUUUGGUUUUUAUUUUGUUCUUGUACCUCACUCAGGCAUGUUUAAAAUAAUGAUCUUCCAAAACAUUAAUGCUAUACUUCUCAAAGGAUCAAUUUCAUUUCAUUGUUUGUAAGCUUUCACAUUCCUGGAGAAUAUCACGUUUUAUAUUGAUAUGUAAUAACAAAAACCUAUUGCAUUUUUAAGCUAUUCAAAUUUUUUACAAUAAAUCCUUUAUAAUAUAAAAACAGGGGAUGCCUCUCUGAAAUGUAAUUUUAUUUUCAUUAGUUAAAACAUCUUCACUUGUAAUUGCAUUCAUAAAAACCCUAAUAUCAAUCACUAAACUUCUAUUUAAUCGCAUGAACUGAUGUUGAAAUUUAAAAGUAUAAUAAAGUCUUUAAAGUUAAUGAAGUACGUUGGUUUUAGGGUUUCAUUUUUUAGUAUAGAAUACAUUUUUACUUUUAAUACCAUCACUUUGUUUUUGAAUAAAAAAUUGCUGUAUUUUGCUUCUAAUAUUUACAAAUGUCAGAAAAAGUAACAAAAUCCACAAAUAACCGUCAGCAGAAAUUUUGUUGUUAACAUAAUUUAAUUUGUUUUUUAAUACAAAAUCAGCGUAUUACAAUUGGCCUUAUGCUAACACUAAAUUCCAAAAGCCCAAAACCACUCCAUUCCAAAGUUUAUAUGUGUAUCUAUGCUAUUUAACAUUUCUUGUGAAAAAUACCCAAAAUGACUCAAACCAGUUGAAACUUGGUACGAAAGAUUAUCUUAUAAAUGUCUCAGCUAAGUUUGCUAGCUUUGUAUACCAUUUCAUUCCAAUAUUGCAGGUGUUAAACUUUAAAAACUCACAAUUGCUUCAUUUAUAGAACUAGAGAAAAAUCAAAAGUAUUCUGGAAUCCAUAUAAUAUUUCGUAAACAUUUUGUAAUAAACGACUUUUUUUGCAUCUCAAAUAGAUUUUAGGAUGUCGAUACAUGUAAAUCCCAUAAGAAGUAAAUUAUUAAUAUUUCAGAUCUCACAAAAUCUACCCACUACUUCUGGCUAAGCCAGAAGGAUUAUUCAAUUGGCAAUCAAAAAAGUUAUCGUGUUGCUAGAUUAAUAAUUACUGUUUGUAUUAUUCUUAUGCUUUAUGUAAAUUAUAUGAAUUCUGAGUUGAGUUUUUGCACAAAGUUUUUUUUUAGUUACAUCAUUCUAAUAAUACAAAGGAGGAUUACUGAAUGAUCUCACCCUGCUUGUGCUCUCUGCGUUGACAAAGACACUAAUAGUAGUAUGAAUGAAAUGUUUGAAAAUGACAGAAAAUACGCAUAGUAAAAAAGAGAAUUGUUGGUCUAAAGAAAUCAUCCUAUUGGCAAACUUUUACUCAAUGAUGCAUUUACCUCAGUUUAUUACUCAAGUUUCUGUUUAACACCAUUUUUAUCCAAGUUUCUGUGGUUCAAACCAUAAAAAUUAAAGUUUAGAAAGUAAAUAUGCUGUCUACAAUUUAUAUAUAAAUAUUAUCUAAUAAUUUAUUUUGUAGCUUGCGUGUAUACCAUUUAACUCAAAUGUUACUAUUAGUUUAUGAAAUAAAUAUUUUACUGUACAUUCUUUACUGAGAUUUAUAUGAAUUUUUGUAGUAAUAGAAUUAUGACGUGAGAUUUAAAACUAUGGUGUAAUUUACCAUUGCUACAUUUGUAAAUAAAAUGUUAAAUAAAUUAAUAUUUUUAUAACUUGUAAGAUUGUAUGCAUGUAAUCAGUGAUAUUAUGUAUAAGAGCUAUUGGUUAUAAAUGUAUAAUAUUAGAUGAGCAAUAUAUAAUUAAAGCACAAAAUGUAUAA